GCACACAAAACUGGCAAAUUCUGCCUUUAUCGGCUAACACACCGAAGUUUGUGACAGCUGCUGUUUGUGAAGAGCACAGUGCAACAAUGCAACUCAACAGAGCUCUGCUCAUCCUGUGCCUGGUGAUUUCAGUGGAUGCACAAAGGGAGCACAGAGUGACCUGCUUUCUGGAUGCUUUAACACACCACACACGUGAGGGUCUGUGCACUCAUAUCGUCGUCCCCACGGCCUCUUCUGAUGAUAGACUCCAUCUUCAAAGCUUGUCAGAGGAUGAAUAUGCAACUCUUAGUAAGAUGCAGGAGAGAAAUCCAACGCUGAAGAUUUUGCUUGGAUUGGAAGUCAAAACAUCAAGGUUGGAGCUGAUGUCUGCUAAUGAGUCCAGCGUUGAGAAUUUCAUGCACACUGCACUUAGAUACUUAAAGGAGAAGAAUUUAGAUGGACUGGACUUGACCUGGCUGGACGACCCUGUUUCUGAGCAUUCUAGCAAAAGCACAGAGCUGUUCAUGAAUUUUCUCAAGAGUCUAAGAGGAGAAAUCGAAAAAAAGACACGUCUUUCUGGUAACCAGUCUCUACUUCUCUCCGUGUCUGUACCAGACCACACCGACCACAGUAGUGCGGUCAGAUAUGAUGAGCGAACACUUUCACAGUAUGUGGACUAUAUCUCCCUUCUGCCUGCUCAUCUUGAAAAGGAUGGACCAUACAUUAACAAAACAGUGCAACACUGGCAGGAUCAGCAGGUUGACCUGCAAAAGUUGAAUCUAGCCAUGCCUGCUUUUCUUCGAAGGUCACGUAGGAGGCAUCACCAUAGGGACCAGCCAAGAAAUGAUGACUUGAAUACAAAGGAAGAAAAGAAAGAUCACAUCCAUGGAGUGAGCUUAAUGCUGGCCAGUCAGGUGUGCCAGGCCAUUAAAAGUGGACAAGAGCAGUUUCUUACUUUGACAAGUCUCUCAGAUGAGCAAAGUCUUGUCGAGGAGGUGUCAUGGUUGUACGAGAAAGGCUAUGGUGGUGUAGGGAUCGUCUUCAUUGAUAUAGAUGGCUUUGGUAACACCAUAUGUGCCGACAGCACUCAGGAUGAAAGGGCGAUAGUUGAAUCAAAGGUGGUUGUGCAUUCACAUCAUGAACACAGAGGUCAUGGUGAUCAACAUCACAGAAGGGAUCAUCACCAUAGCCAUAGGGAACACCAUCACUCUCCCAAUCCUUCUUAUGUCCUUGAUGAUGGUCACCAUCAUCGUGGCCAUCAUCGCCAUGGUCACCAUGGUCACCCUCACCAUGGUCAUCACCGUCAUGGUCAUCGACAUCAUGGCCAUCGACACCAUGGUCAUCAUCACCAUCAUCAUCACCCUCACCCCCAUCCAACAACUCCUCAAAGCAUUAUGGCCACAGAGGGACAACAGGGUUUGGAGUGACCUCAGAAUUUCACAAUACAUUUUUUUAAUCAUACAUUUUAUGAAAACAGAAGUCUGUGUUCUAACCUUCACAAUGUUGUGAUUUGACCAUGAAGCGCAUUAUGGUGUAAAAUUAUGCGAAUUAUUUAAUUUAUGCUUUUACUCAUAAUCAUUGUUUGUUAUUGCUGAGAACCUGCUACACAAUAUAAACAUAUUCACUUGUGUUGUCAGAAAGCUUUAUAAUACAGUAUAUAAUACAUAUAUUAAUACAGCAUUUUGAAAUAAAUAUGUGGUCCAAAUGUCUUAGGGGGUUUCCAUUUUUUUUCUCUUGGACUGCAAUGUGGGGCAUUUAGUCUAAGAUAACAUGCCAACGGACCACCCACAGCCCAUUCGCUGAUGGUCAGAUGCAUACUGCUCACAAAAUAUCUUUGAAGAGAAUAUAUUCAACUUUGUUUUGUUGUGUUACGUUUGUAAAAUAAUCAGUAUUACUUUUGGAUGGACAAAAAUUCUCAACGAAGUUUACACACAUUUCUACUAAUUUCUUCUGUGUUUUCUCUAAUUCAUUGUGGAUCGACAAUGCUGGCCAAUAACUUGAAUGAGUUUUUGACAGUCGAAGUCGAUUAUUAGUAUUGUAUCAAUUAUUUCAGGUUAACCCACCCCUAAAUGGCAUGUAAAAACACCACAAACUGUGGCUGGUCACUUUACAUAAAGGUCAGACAGUCACUUCCUGUUUGGGAUGGGCGAGACCACUUAUUUUCUUUUUGAUCCGAUACCAAGUACUUUUAGGCCAAUAUCGGCGAUAUCGAUACCAAUACCUGUAUUAAAUAGAUUUUUUACUAAUUAUUUGGAUAAAAUGAGUAAUUUUAUUAUUACUUACAUUUUUUUAUAUAUUUAUGGGUCUAAACAGACAAUUAUUAGGCUUCUUUGUUUACCCUUUAAAAAUUAGUUAGUACAAGCCACAUAUAAAACUU